CCAAGGGUCAUUCUGAAAGUUUCCAGAGGUUCGCGUUGGCGAACAUCACCCCAACAACGCUCCGGGGAACUUCCGAACCCCGUAUUCUCUUCCACUUCCCUCCACGAAAAGCGAAACAUCGAAACCCUAGAAGCCUCAAGAACCAAAACCCUAAUCCCAAUCGAGGCCAUUGGAAACCCUAAUCCUCUUCCAUGGCUCCCAUCACCAACUACGAGAUCCAUGCCCAGCGCCUUGUCGAACCUGAGCUCUCGGUGCAGGCGCGGCUGCAAAUGGUGAUGGAGGUCCGGGAUAGCUUGGAGAUCGCGCACACGUCUGAGUACCUGAACUUCCUCAAGUGCUACUUCCGGGCGUUCACCGCCGUGCUGACCCAGCUCACGAAGCCGCAGCUAUGCGAGAACCACGAGCACAAGCUUCGCAACGUGGUGGUCGAGAUCCUGAACCGGCUGCCCCAUAGCGAGGUCCUGCGCCCCUUCGUCCAAGAUCUCCUCAAGCUUUCCCUCCAGGUCCUCACCCAAGAUAAUGAGGACAACGCUCUCAUCUCCAUUCGCAUCAUCUUUGAUCUCCUUCGCAACUUCCGCCCGACUGUUGAAUCCGAGGUCCAGCCCUUUCUUGACUUCGUCUGCUCCAUUUACCAUAACUUCCCGGCCACUGUCUCCCACUUCUUCUCCUCUCCUACCCCUCCCCGCCCCCCCAACCCACCCAACCCCAACUCUGGUGGUAUGGAAGACGCUCUUGACCCCGGUGGACCAACAACGCACUCCGGAUCAGGACAGCUCAACCGGAGUGAUCGAUCGUUCAAGAUUGUGACGGAGAGCCCUCUUGUUGUCAUGUUUCUCUUCCAGCUCUACCACAAGCUCGUCCAGACCAACAUCCCUUACCUUCUUCCUCUCAUGGUGACAGCCAUUUCUAUUCCUGGUCCUGACAAGGUGCCCCCGCAUCUAAAGACUCAGUACAUGGAACUCAAGGGCGCUCAGGUCAAGACUCUCUCUUUCUUGACCUACUUGCUCAAGAGUUGCACUGACUAUAUCAGGCCACACGAGGAGAACAUUUGUAAGAGCAUUGUGAACUUGCUUGUGACUUGCCCUGAUGCCGUUUCCAUCCGAAAGGAAUUACUGAUUGCCUUAAAGCAUGUUCUCAGCACUGAUUUCAAGCAAGGGCUUUUCCCUCUGAUUGACACAUUGUUGGAUGAGAGGGUUUUGAUUGGUACAGGCCGUGUUUGUAUUGAGACACUUAGACCAUUGGCUUAUAGCCUUCUUGCAGAGAUUGUGCAUUAUGUUCGUGGGGAGCUUUCAUUGUCUCAGUUAUCGCGCAUUAUUUAUUUGUUUUCGAGGAACAUGCAUGAUUCAUCUUUGACGCUUGUCAUACAUACAACCUGUGCUCGUCUGAUGCUCAAUCUGGUGGAGCCUAUAUAUGAGAAAGGUACAGACCAACCGAGUAUGGAUGAAGCCCGAGUUUUACUGGGACGCAUCCUGGAUACUUUCGUGGGAAAGUUUGGCACAUUUAAACGAAUCAUCCCGCAGUUAUUGGAGGAAGGCGAGGAAGGAAAAGAGCGGCCACUUUUGAGAUUGAAACUUGAGGUUCCAAUUCAGGCUGCUCUUAAUCUACAACCCCCUUUGGAGUACUCUAAGGAAGUCAAUGAUUACAAAAAUUUAAUCAAGACUUUAGUAAUGGGAAUGAAAACCAUUAUUUGGAGCAUCACCAAUGCACAUGUUCCGCGUUCUCAGGUCUCACCAUCUGCCCAUGGGGCCCAUCAGCAAAUGCAAGUCUCUCCAUCAUCUAAUUCAGCAAUGCCACAAGUUUUCAAAGGAAUGAGAGAAGAUGAAGUUCGAAAAGCGUCCGGUGUUUUGAAGAGUGGUGUCCAUUGUUUAGCUCUCUUCAAAGAGAAGGAUGAGGAGAGGGAAAUGUUGCAAUAUUUUUCACUUAUCUUAGCCAUCAUGGAAGCUCGGGAUCUUAUGGACAUGUUCUCUUUGUGUAUGCCAGAACUGUUCGAAUGCAUGAUCACAAACACACAGUUACUUCAUAUAUUUUCUGCCCUACUGCAAAAUCAAAAGGUACUUCGGCCCUUCACGGAUGUUUUGGUUAAUUAUCUUGUGAGCAACAAACUGGACACACUGAAGCAGCCAGACACCGCUGCUGCAAAACUUGUCUUACAGCUUUUCCGAUUUGUCUUUGUUGCUGUUGCUAAGGCUCCUUCUGAAUGCGAAAGAGUAUUGCAGCCUCAUGUACAUGUUAUCAUGGAUGUUUGCAUGAAAAGUGCUACUGAAGUUGACAAGCCUCUUGGUUACAUGCAUCUCCUUCGCAAUAUGUUUCGUUCACUAAAUGGUGCAAAAUUUGAUAACUUAUUGCGGGAUCUAAUACCAUCCUUGCAACCAUGUCUUAAUUUGUUGCUAGCUAUGAUUGAGGGUCCUACCAGUGAAGAUAUGAAGGACCUUUUGAUAGAGCUUUGCCUCACUUUACCUGCACGGCUGAGUUCUUUGCUUCCUCACCUUCCUCGGCUUAUGAAGCCUCUUGUGCUUGCUUUGAAGGGAAGUGAUGAUCUUGUGAGUUUAGGGCUUCGAACACUUGAAUUUUGGAUUGACAGUCUGAAUCCUGAUUUUCUAGAGCCUAGUAUGGCAAAUGUCAUGUCUGAGGUUAUACUUGCUUUAUGGUCUCAUUUGAGGCCCCCACCAUACCCAUGGGGUACUAAAGCAUUGCAACUACUUGGUAAAUUGGGAGGUCGUAAUAGACGAUUUCUUAAGGAUCCUCUCACUCUUGAAUGUAAGGAGAAUCCUGAGCAUGGGCUUCGUUUAAUUCUUACUUUCGAGCCAGCGACACCAUUUCUAGUACCUAUGGAUCGAUGCAUACAUCUUGCCGUCGCUUCAGUUAUGCAAACCAAUGUUGGCAUGGAUGAUUUUUAUAGGAAACAGGCUCUUAAAUUUCUUCGUAUCUGUUUAAUGUCUGUUUUGAAUUUUCGAGGUAAUGUUGAUGAGAAUGGAAUGUCUCCUGAUCUUCUUGGAACUCUGUUAGUCUCGACUGUGGAUCCUUCACUUCGUUGUAUAGAAACUUCAGAUAUGAAGGUUGAUUUGGGUGUAAAGACAAAAACUCAACUUAUGGCUGAAAAAUCUAUCUUUAAGACUCUGCUGGCAACCAUUAUUGCUACUAGUAUGGAUCCAGAGCUCCAAGAACCAAAGGAUGAAUUUGUGGUUGAUGUCUGUCGCCAUUUUGCCAUGCUUUUCCAUGUUGAUUAUUUAUCUUGUACUUCUUCCAUUGGAAUGGGACAACAUUCUGUCUCCAUGUAUUCGUCAAGUGGAAGUAUGAGUUCCAGAUCUAGAAGUAAUACUUCUAAUUUAAAAGAAUUGGAUCCAUUGAUAUUUUUGGAUGCUUUGGUGGAUGUGCUUGCUGAUGAAAACAGGCAUCAUGCAAAGGCUGCUCUUAUGGCUCUGAAUUCCUUUUCUGAAGCACUGCUUCUCCUUGCACAAACAAAGCAGACAGGUGUAAUAGCAUCUAGAAGUGGCUCCGGUACUCCAAUGGUGGUGUCUAGCCCUUCCCUCAAUCCUGUAUAUUCACCACCACCAGGAAUUCGAAUCCCUGUGUUUGAGCAGCUUUUGCCUCGCCUAUUACAUUGUUGUUAUGGAAGUACGUGGCAAGCUCAAAUGGGUGGUGUCAUGGGGCUUGGUGCACUAGUUGGUAAAAUCUCUGUGGAAACAUUGUGUAUCUUCCAAGUGAGAAUAGUACGCGGUCUGAUUUUUGUCUUGAAAAGGUUGCCAAUGCAUGCUCAUAAAGAACAGGAAGAGACAAGCCAGGUUCUCACACAGGUUCUUCGUGUUGUAAAUAAUAUUGAUGAAGCAAACAAUGAGCCUCGUAGGCAAAGUUUUCAAGGGGUUGUUGAGUUUCUUGCUACAGAGCUGUUUAAUUCAAAUGCGUCUAUUAUAGUAAGAAAGAAUGUGCAGUCAUGCUUGGCACUUUUGGCCAGUAGGACUGGCAGUGAAGUUUCUGAGUUGCUUGAGUCUCAUCUCCAGUUGCUUCAACCUCUUAUAGUGCGGCCAUUACGGUUGAAAAAUGUAGAACAACAGGUGGGAACAGUGUCUGCCUUGAACUUCUGCCUUGCAUUGAGACCUCCACUUCUAAAGUUGACUACAGAGCUCGUCAAUUUCUUGCAAGAUGCUCUGCAGAUUGCUGAGGCUGAUGAAACUGUCUGGGUUUCGAAGUUAAUGAACAACAAAGUGGUUACGACAUUAAACAAACUUCGGACAGCUUGCAUUGAGUUGCUUUGUACCGCAAUGGCUUGGGCUGAUCUUAAAACACCCAAUCACACAGAAUUACGUGCAAAAAUCAUAUCUAUGUUUUUCAAGUCUUUGACAUGUCGCACUCCGGAGAUUGUUGCUGUUGCAAAGGAAGGGCUUCGGCAGGUUAUUCAGCAACAAAGGAUGCCAAAGGAUCUUCUUCAAAGCAGCCUGAGGCCGAUCUUAGUUAACUUAGCACAUACAAAAAGUCUUAACAUGCCAUUGUUACAAGGGUUGGCCCGUCUUCUUGAACUUUUGUCUAACUGGUUUAAUGUCACGCUGGGUAUGAAAUUGUUAGACCACUUGAAGAAAUGGCUGGAACCUGAGAAACUUGCGCAAUGCCAGAAAUCCUGGAAGAAUGGGGAUGAACCAAAGGUUGCCGCAGCCAUGAUUGAGCUUUUCCAUCUACUGCCGCCAGCAGCUGGGAAAUUCUUGGAUGAUCUGGUGACUAUAAUAAUUGACCUGGAAGGAGCACUCCCUCAAGGACAAUUUUAUAGUGAAAUUAACAGCCCCUAUCGUCUACCACUAACAAAAUUUUUAAACCGAUAUGCUACAGAUUCUGUAGAUUACUUUCUUGCUCGGUUAAAUCAUUCAAAAUAUUUUAGAAGGUUUAUGUAUAUUAUCUGUUCGGAUUCUGGGCAGCCGUUGCGAGAAGAACUUGCAAAAUCACCACAAAAAAUUCUUGCAAAUGCUUUUCCCCAAUUUUUCCCACAAUCUGAUGGAUCUAAUGGUCAACCAUCUUCUUCUAUCAUUGAUGAAGGACAUAGUGGUCUGGCAUCUGAGAGUUUUACCGGUUCACAAGCUAACUUGGCUGCUUGUUCUGAUGCUUAUUUUCAUGGGCUCUACCUUAUCCGUACUUUGGUUAAACUUAUGCCUGAAUGGUUGCAUGGCAAUCAUACUGUUCUGGACACAUUAUUACUUGUUUGGAAGUCACCUGCAAGGAUUGCUCGCUUACAAAAUGAGCAAGAACUUAGCUUACUUCAAGUAAAGGAAAGCAAAUGGCUUGUCAAAUGCUUUCUUAAUUAUUUAAGGCAUGAUAAAUCAGAAGUGGGUGCUCUCUUUGAUAUGCUGUCAAUUUUCUUAUUCCAGAGCCGUAUUGACUAUACCUUUUUAAGAGAAUUUUAUGUUAUCGAGGUUGCAGAAGGAUAUGAUCCAAACUUAAAGAAGCAAAUUCUCUUGCAUUUUUUAAACAUAUUCCAGACAAAGCAAUUUGGCCAAGCUCAUUUGGUUAUUGCGAUGCAAAUACUGAUACUUCCAAUGCUCGCACAUUCUUUCCAAAAUGGCCAAAGUUGGGAAGUUGUUGACCCUAGCAUUAUAAAAACAAUUGUUGACAAGCUUCUUGACCCUCCUGAAGAGGUUAGUGCUGAGUAUGAUGAACCAUUGAGGAUUGAACUUCUACAGCUUGCCACAUUACUACUGAAGUAUUUACAAAAUGAUCUUGUACAUCACCGUAAAGAGCUUAUUAAAUUUGGUUGGAAUCAUCUCAAGCGCGAGGACAAUUCCAGCAAGCAGUGGGCAUUUGUUAAUGUUUGCCACUUUCUUGAGGCUUAUCAAGCCCCUGAGAAAAUUAUACUCCAAGUAUUUAUUGCUCUUUUGAGAACCUAUCAACCAGAAAACAAGUUGCUUGUUAGACAAGCUCUUGAUAUCUUAAUGCCUGCAUUACCUCGAAGAUUACCCCCUGGGGAUACUCGUAUACCAAUUUGGAUUCGUUAUACCAAGAAAAUUCUUGUUGAGGAAGGCCAUUCGAUUCCGAAUAUGAUUCACAUCUUUCAGCUUAUUGUAAGGCAUUCAGACCUCUUCUAUAGCUGCAGGGCCCAGUUUGUUCCACAAAUGGUGAACUCUCUUAGUAGAUUGGGACUUCCAUAUAACACAACUGCUGAAAAUAGGCGGCUUGCCAUCGAACUUGCUGGAUUAGUUGUUGCCUGGGAGCGUCAAAGGCAAAAUGAAAUGAAGGUGGUGCAAGAUACAGAUGGACACAGUCAGAUUGGUGAUGUUUUUAGUCAGAACUCAACUGGUGGAGAUUUGAAGCGUCCACCAGACUCUUCUGCAUUUCCUGAUGAAUUGAACAAGCGGGUAAAGGUCGAGCCUGGGCUGCAAUCUCUUUGUGUUAUGUCACCUGGUGGGGCAUCUAUCCCGAACAUUGAAACACCAGGUUCUGUUGGCCAACCAGAUGAGGAGUAUAAACCCAAUGCUGCAAUGGAGGAGAUGAUAAUCACAUUUCUUAUCAGGGUUGCGCUGGUAAUAGAGCCCAAGGAUAAGGAAACAAAUUCAAUGUACAAACAAGCUUUAGAGCUUCUUACACAAGCUUUGGAAGUCUGGCCAAAUGCCAAUGUCAAGUUCAAUUAUCUGGAGAAAUUGCUGAGCAAUAUCCAGCCAUCUCAAUCAAAAGAUCCUGCAACAGCGCUUGCGCAAGGUCUUGAUGUCAUGAACAAGGUCUUGGAGAAGCAGGCACAGUUGUUCAUUCGGAACAACAUAAAUCAUAUCUCGCAAAUUCUGGAGCCUUGUUUUAACAGCAAAAUGUUGGAUGCUGGAAAGUCCCUUUGCUCCUUACUAAAAAUGGUUUUUGUUGCUUUUCCUCGUGAAGCACCUAGCACACCUCAUGAUGUGAAAAUUUUGUAUCAGAGGGUUGAAGAUCUCAUACAAAAACAUCUUGCUGCUGUUACUGCAUCUCAGAUAUCUCUUGAACUUAGCUCCGCCAACUCAGUGAUAAGCUUUGCGCUCUUUGUUGUUAAAACCCUUACUGAGGUCCAUAAAAAUUUUAUUGACCCAUUCAUUGUUCCAUUGGUUCGGGUCCUUCAACGCUUACGGGAGAUGGCUUCCUCAAGCUCUCAAAUUCGGCAGGGGCAAAGAUCAGAUAUUGAAUCAUCUGUCAAUGCACGUGCUGUUCCUGACACUAGUUCCAUCAUAUCCAACAUGAAAUGCGUCUUAAAACUCAUCAGUGAAAAGGUCUUGCAGUCCUCUGAUUGUAAAAGACUAAUGGGCCAGAUACUGCACACUUUACUUUCUGAGAAGGGCACUGAUCCCAGUGUGCUUUUGUGCAUACUAGAUACAGUAAAAAGCUGGAUUGAGGAUGAUCUUAGGCACCCUGCAUCUGGCACUUCAAGUGCUGCUCUCAGUCCCAAAGAGAUAGUUGCCUAUCUCCAGAAGCUUUCACUUGUUGAUCGGAAGAAUUUUUCUCCAUCUACAUUAGAAGAAUGGGACUCGAAAUAUCUACUACUUCUUUAUGGAACCUGUGCAGACUCAAGCAGAUAUCCGUUGCCCGUUCGUCAAGAAGUAUUCCAGAAAGUGGAAAGGCUGUAUAUGCUUGGCCUGAGAGCAAAGGAUCCUGAAAUUAGGCGUCGUUUCUUCUCUCUUUACCAUGAGUCCCUUGGAAAAUCACUAUUUGCAAGGCUUCAAUACAUCAUCCAAAUCCAAGAUUGGGAAGCUGUUAGUGAUGUUUUCUGGCUGAAGCAGUGCCUUGAUCUUCUACUAGCUCUUUUGGUAGAGAAUGAACCUAUUGCACUGGCCCCUAAUUCUGCAAGAGUUUUUCCAAUUAAACCGAAAGAAAUUCCAGAAAAUUCUGGGGUUUUACAGCCGGUUGUUGAUGCUUCAGAAGGUUCAGAAGGUGUUCCACUCACAUUUGAUCAGCUUGUGACUAGACAUGCACAAUUUUUGACUGAGAUGAAUAAACUGCAGGUGUCUGAUCUGGUGCGUUCUUUGAGUGAACUAGCGUAUACAGAUGCUAAUGUUGCAUAUCAUAUGUGGGUGUUAGUCUUCCCAAUUGUGUGGGUCACUUUACAGAAAGAGGAACAGGUGGCACUGGCCAAGCCAAUGAUAGCCCUUCUAUCAAAAGAUUACCAUAAAAAGCAGCAGGGUAGCAGACCUAAUGUUGUUCAAGCAAUUCUGGAAGGACUUCACCUAAGUCAUCCGCAACCUCGGAUGCCAAGUGAACUCAUCAAGUAUAUUGGAAAGACAUAUAAUGCUUGGCAUAUUUCACUAGCUCUGUUAGAGAGUCAUGUUAUGUUGUUCAUGAAUGAAGCAAAAUGUUCUGAGUCAUUAGCUGAGCUUUAUCGACUGCUUAACGAGGAAGAUAUGAGGUGUGGAUUGUUGAAGAAAAGGUCAAUGACUGCAGAAACAAGAGCUGGGCUUUCAUUAGCCCAGCAUGGCUAUUGGCAGCGGGCCCAGAGCUUAUUUUAUCAGGCAAUGAUCAAGACAACCCAGGGAACCUACAGCAAUGCAGUACCCAAGGCUGAGAUGUAUCUUUGGGAAGAACAAUGGCUCCAUUGUGCUAGCCAAUUGAGUCAGUGGGAAAUUUUAGCUGAUUAUGGCAAAAGUGUAGAAAACUAUGAAAUUCUCCUCGACUGUCUUUGGAAGGUUCCUGAUUGGGCAUAUAUGAAGGAUAAUGUAAUUCCCAAGGCACAGGUAGAAGAAACACCAAAACUUCGUGUAGUGCAAGCCUAUUUUGCUCUUCAUGAUAGGAAUGCCAGUGGUGUUGGGGAUGCUGACAAUCUUGUUGUUAAAGGUGUUGAAUUGGCUUUAGAACAGUGGUGGCAAUUGCCUGAGAUGUCUGUACAAUCUCGAACACCCCUUCUACAGUUAUUUCAGCAACUUGUGGAGGUUCAAGAAUCAGCCAGAAUACUAACGGAUAUUGCUAACGGAAACAAGCAAACAUCUGGAAAUUCUGCUGCAGUUCAAAAUGCGUACGUAGAACUCAAGGAUAUUCUGGAGACAUGGAGACUUAGAACUCCUAAUGAAUGGGACAAUUUGUCUGUUUGGUAUGAUUUAAUACAGUGGAGGAAUGAAAUCUACACUGUUGUGAUAGAUGCUUUUAAGGACUUUGUUUCAACGAGCCCUCAACUUCAUCAUCUUGGCUACCGAGACAAAGCUUGGAAUGUUAAUAAGCUCGCACACAUAGCCCGCAAGCAAGGCCUACAUGAUGUUUGUGUAACUAUUCUAGAAAAAAUGUACGGCCAUUGCACCAUGGAGGUGCAGGAAGCAUUUGUGAAGAUAAGAGAACAGGCAAUGGCUUAUUUGGAAAUGAGAGGGGAGCUUACAACUGGUCUUAAUUUGAUCAACAGUACUAAUCUCGAAUAUUUUCCUGCUAAGCAUAAAGCAGAAAUCUUUAGGCUUAAAGGAGAAUUCUUGUUGAAGUUGCAUGACUGUGAGAAUGCCAAUCUAGCGUACUCUAAUGCAAUAAACCUUUUCAAACAUUUACCCAAGGGAUGGAUAAGUUGGGGAAACUAUUGUGAUGUGAUAUACAAAGAGACACGUGAUGAAUUAUGGUUGGAAUAUGCCGUGAGCUGCUUCUUUCAAGGAAUCAAAUAUGGGGUCUCAAACUCCAGGAGUCAUCUUGCUCGGAUUCUUUAUCUUCUUAGCUUUGAUACUCCUGAUAAACCAGUUGGUAGAACAUUUGAUAAAUAUUUGGACCAGAUACCACAUUGGGUUUGGCUUUCUUGGAUACCACAGCUACUGCUCUCAUUGCAAAGAAAUGAAGCUCCACACUGCAAACUUGUGCUGCUAAAAAUUGCUACUGUCUAUCCACAGGCUCUAUAUUAUUGGUUGCGCACAUUUUUAAUGGAGCGUCGUGAUGUUGCUAGUAAGUCUGAACUUGGAAGGAACAUAGCUUUAGCUCAGCAGCGCAUGCAACAGAACAUCUCUGGGGCUGCUCCUAGUACUCAUAAUAUGGUUGAUGGAAGUGCAAGGCCUUCCAAUCAUCAAGGGAUUUCUUCUGAAGGUCAAAUUCAUCAAGGUCCCCAGUCUGGUGGUGUUGGUGGAUCCCAUGAUGUGGGUAAUUCACACGCUAAUGAAUCUGAAAGGGCUACUACUGUAGAAGGCAAUGGCAAUAAUGGACAUGACCAGCCACCACAGAGCUCUUCAGCUAUGGCUGAAAAUGCUCAAAUUGGAUUGAGGCGUAGUGCUGCACUUAGUUGGGUAGCAUCUGCUGCUAGUGGAUUUGAUGCUGCUAAGGAUAUAAUGGAGGCUCUUCGGAGUAAGCAUCCCAAUUUGGCUAGUGAACUUGAGGUUUUCCUAUCUGAAAUAGGUUCAAGAUUUGUGACUUUGCCAGAAGAACGGCUUCUAGCAGUAGUUAAUGCACUUCUACACCGUUGCUACAAGUAUCCUACCGCAACUACUGCUGAAGUUCCUCAGUCUCUUAAGAAGGAGCUGUCAGGUGUUUGUAGAGCUUGCUUUUCAGCAGAUGCAGUCAACAAGCAUGUUGAUUUUGUGAGAGAAUAUAAGCAAGACUUUGAGCGUGAUCUAGAUCCAGAGAGUACAACUACAUUUCCAGCUACUCUUUCAGAUUUGACUGAACGGUUGAAGCACUGGAAGAAUGUUCUCCAGAGUAAUGUUGAAGACAGAUUCCCUGCCGUCUUAAAACUUGAGGAAGAAAGUAAAGUAUUGCGUGAUUUCCAUGCCGUCGAUGUGGAGAUUCCUGGACAAUACUUUACUGACCAGGAAGUAGCACCUGAUCAUACAGUUAAAUUAGAUAGGGUUGGAGCAGAUAUUCCAACCGUUCGAAGGCAUGGUACCACUUCCCGGCGUCUGACACUUAUAGGAUCUGAUGGUUCUCAACGGCAUUUCAAUGUUCAGACUUCAUUAACACCAAAUGCAAGAAGUGAUGAACGUGUACUACAGCUUUUCCGAGUGUUGAAUAAAAUGUUUGAUAAGCACAAAGAAUCUAGGCGGCGCCAUCUGACAAUCCAUACUCCUAUAAUAAUACCUGUUUGGUCACAGGUGCGAAUGGUAGAGGAUGAUCUGAUGUACAGCACAUUCCUUGAGGUCUAUGAGAUCAAUUGUGCACGACACAAUCGGGAGGCAGAUACGCCUAUUACCCAUUUUAAGGAGCAACUCAAUCAAGCAAUCUCUGGACAGGUCUCACCUGAAGCAGUAGUGGAGCUCCGUAUGCAAGCUUAUAACGACAUAAUAAAAACUGUUAAUGACAAUAUUUUCUCCCAAUACAUGUACAAAACCCUUCCAAGUGGUAAUCUUCUUUGGACAUUCAAGAAGCAAUUUGCCAUCCAGCUUGCGCUGUCCUGCUUUAUGUCAUACAUGCUACAAAUUGGGGGCAGAUCUCCAAAUAAAACUUUGUUUGCUAAGAAUACUGGCAAAGUUUUCCAAAUUGACUUUCAUCCAGCCUAUGAUGCAAAUGGGAUGAUUGAGUUCAAUGAACCUGUCCCCUUUAGGCUUACGAGGAAUAUGCAAGCAUUCUUUUCACAUUUUGGAGUCGAAGGGCUUAUUGUGUCCGCUAUGUGUGCUGCUGCACAGUCUGUGGUUUCUCCUAAGCAAACUCAUCAUAUAUGGUAUCAGUUGGCUAUGUUUUUCCGUGAUGAGCUGCUAUCUUGGUCAUGGCGAAGGCCACUUGGGAUGCCUUCAUCAACAGUAGCUGCCGGUGGAAUCGGCCAAAUGGACUUUGAACAGAAAGUGACGACCAACGUGGACCAUGUUAUUUGCCGAAUCAAAGGAAUUGCACCUCAGUCCUUCACUGAAGAGGAGGAAAGCACCACUGAUCCACCACAGUCGGUACAGAGAGGAGUUACUGAUCUAGUUGAAGCAGCAUUGUCACCGAGGAAUUUAUGCAUGAUGGAUCCAACAUGGCACCCUUGGUUCUGAAGGUCAGCCACCCUUGGUUUUGACAGUCUGUGUUGUGUCACCCCUGCAAUUGUGUACAAAAAUGUUUAGUCACUGUAAAUAAUUAAAUCCUCAGACUAGCUUAAUAACACUCUGUUUUCUUUAUCCUUUAUGUGACUUAGUUUCAGCUUCAUUUAA